AUGAUCACGAAUAAUUGUUAUUGGAAAACAGAAAUUGAGGUCCCAACAGCUUACGUUUUCUUUCACAAAGAAAAGGCCUCAGAGGCAGCGGAUUUCCCUCGGACGGCGCUUAUCAGCAUCGCGUCCGUCUCUGUGAUAAUGGUCAUUGCUGUCGUCGUGUUCUGUGUAUUCCGCUGCCGUCAGAAUCCGCCACCCGGCGACCACUACCCUAUGGUCUGCAACGGGAAAAGCCAGCAAGGCUACACAUCUAUCGCCCCGGAGCUCUCACCACCACUGGGGAUGGACCAUGCCACGCAACCUCCUUUGAUGAAUGGAAACGGCUACCAAUCGAUGAAAGGCGCCAUUAUAACGAAUGGCAAUGGGAUGAAUGGGCAUAUGAAGAACGGAGCCGGCGGUGGUGGAGGUGGAGGUGCUGGGAAGAAGGAUUUCAAGGAGUGGUACGUGUAG